AUGGCAGAUGGUACCUACAGGUUCCAGCAGCCUGGGGCCGGGCCGUUUUCCUUCCAAACUCAACCACAGCAUCACUCUCACCAACGACACACCAUUCCAAACGGAACCAAUUCUCCGGUUCGACUAAAGCUCAAUCACGAUACUCCUUCCCCUUCUCGAUCACCCCCCGUUAACCAAUCAGCCACAAUCUCCUUCAACAUGUACCAAGGGCAACACAUGGUGAUGAAUGGUGCCCAGGCCCACCAUCAGCACCAGCACCAACAGCAGCGCUAUGGUGGUGGAAUUGGCAUGCCAAUCUCUAAAUUCCAAUCGCACCAUACUCAACAACAAAUUCACGCCUCCCACUCCCAAGCCACACACACAUUUACUCAACAGAACUACUCCGCCGGGGUUUUGCCGACAUCGAACGCUCAAUUCAAUCAGAGUCACCUCCAGAAUGGUGGCCCAACUAUUGGCGACGACGACUUGGAAGGAUCUAUGAGUGAGCAUUGGCAGCAACAGCUCCAGCUUUAUGCUGAGUCGCGAAACUCCUCUUCUCCUCAUUACUUCGCUAGAAUCAUGGCACAACAAUCCAAGGGCGUGCAGCUCCUGGCUAGUCAAACUGAUGGGAAUGAAAAUACGGUUGAUUCACGAACUGGAGCUCCAAUCACAAAACCCUCUUCACGGCAAGGAUGGAAUUCGAUCGACUUUGGCGGGCAGGGCUUACGUGCCAUUUCCACCUCAUUGUUUGGGUAUGAGUUUCUUGAGAAGAUCUACCUCAACCACAACAAGCUGAAGGCCCUUCCUUCUGCAAUCGGCCAACUGCGAAAGCUAACCCAUCUCGAUCUUUCUGGGAAUGAGUUAACGGAGCUUCCCGAAGAGAUUGGCAUGUUGACCAAUCUCAAGAAGCUUUAUCUCUUUGAUAACAACAUUCGCACCCUUCCUUAUGAGAUGGGGUACCUAUACCGCCUGGAGACGUUAGGCAUUGAAGGCAAUCCUCUGAAUGAGGUUCUCAAGUCUCAGAUUAUGAAAGAUGGGACAAAAGCUCUAAUCAAAUACCUAAGGGAAGAGAUGCCUGUACACUUGCCGCCCCCAGAUCGUGACUGGGUCAUCCUUGACGAGACUGCAAGCUCGAACAACCCCCCCGCCGAGAAAAUCACCGUUUUAUCCUACAACACCCUGUGUGACUCCUCCGCCACCGCCUCCCACUAUGGCUACGUCCCUUCACGCAUUCUCUCUUGGGAGUUCCGUCGUGAACUCAUCCUUAACGAAUUACGAUCUCACAGCUCGGACAUUGUCUGUCUCCAAGAGGUGGACCAAGGAAGCUACAACAACUUCUACCGAGAACAGCUUGCCUACAGUGAUUACAAGGGUGUCUUCUGGCCUCGAGGGCGUGCCAUGGGUAUGCAGGAGGAAGAUGCGAAGGCCAUUGAUGGUUGCGCAACUUUCUUCAAGGGAAGCAAGUACAUUCUUUUGGAUAAACAACUCAUCAAUUUCGGCCAAACUGCUGUGCGUCGCCCCGAUGCUAAGGGCCAGGAUGAUAUCUACAAUCGACUUUGGCAGAAGGACCACAUUGCAGUGGUCGUUUUCCUUGAGAACCGACAGACCGGAGCCCGCUUCAUGGUUGUGAACUCUCAUCUCUACUGGGACCCGGCAUUCAAGGACGUGAAGCUCAUCCAGACUGCCAUCCUGAUGGAGGAAAUCACUAAGCUUUCUGACAAGUAUGCCAAAUGGCCGGCUUGCACAGAUAAGACCGCAUUCCGCUUCUCCGAGGCAGAAAGUGGAUCUGAGAACGCCCCAAUCGUGGAGCCUGCGCCGUCCAAGGAGUACUCCAGUGGUGAUCAGAUCCCGCUCUUGAUGUGUGGUGAUUUCAACUCAUCGCCAGGGUCUGCGGCAUACACUGUGAUUGCGACCGGACGGCUUGAUGAAGACCACCCGGAGCUCAAAAACCGCCUUUACGGCAACUUGAGCACGGUCGGUAUGACACAUCCAUUCCAACUUAAGUCUGCUUACGACUCUAUUGGGGAAUUGAGCUUCACAAACUACACACCGGACUUCAAGGAUAUCCUUGACUAUGUGUGGUUCUCAUCCAACACACUUCACGUGUCCGCCUUGCUUGGCGAGGUCGACAAGGAAUACCUACGCCGGGUACCAGGUUUCCCUAAUUUCCAUUUCCCUAGUGAUCACGUUGCAUUGUUUGCGGAGUUUACUCUUAAAGGAAAGAAGGGCAAGGUUGUGGAGGCGGAUUUUGGGCCGCAACGACACUGA